AUGGAAACAGACUUAAAAAGAUCCAUCACUACUUCAUCAACCUUCUCCUGGAUAUGGAAGCUACCUAUACAACCUAAGAUCAAAUCGUUCAUUUGGCUUCUAUAUCACGAUAGGCUACCUACUAAAGAUUACCUUAGGAAAAUUAAUCUAACAAACGGCACAUCAUGUGCUUACUGCAAACAAGAAGAGGAAAAUAUUAAGCACAUAUUCCUUACAUGCGUUAACACUAGGAGCUACUGGCAAGAAUUAGGUCUUACGAAUCUUAUUACAUCACUAGCAGCUAUACCAAGCACUAAAACUUGGCUGCGGUUGCUCAUCAACUCUAAAGGGAAAAAGGUCAAUGUCAAAUUUACCACCCAACAAGCAACUGAAUUUAGUUACUUGGCUGCAUCCCAUCACAAGGGUAAGAAAAAAACAAUUGGAAACCUUCACUGGAAUCCUCCUAAGGCAAAUCUAUAUAAGUUUAACACGGAUGGAGCUCAUUCUACUACAGCUGAUGGAAUUGGAGGAAUAAUUCGAAACUCAAAUGUUGAAUGGAUACUAAGUUUUUCAAGAACUGUCCCAAAAGGGACAUCAGUGUCAGCUGAAUUACAUGUGUUGCUUACUGGACUAAAAUUGGUACAUGAAUAUAAUCUACAACCACUGGAGGUGGAUGCAAAAGAAAUUGUAAAAAUAUUACAAAUUAAUAAUAUCUCAUUUGCUAACAUGCUAAAGGACUGCAGGUACCUCCUGAACCAGCUUGGUAAUCCAGUAGUUCAACAUGCGUACAAAGAACAAAAUAGGGUAGCGAAUCAAUUGGCAAAGGCAGGAAAAUAUUUUGCAACCAAAUAUGUGCCAUGUGUUUAUGAAACUGUACCAGUUUUUGUGAAGCAAGUUUCUGAAGAUGAUAGGAAGAGCUUAUUGGAUUCAGUACCCAGUAAGGAAACUGUCCUUCUCAGAGGAUUCUGGGGUAUAGGAGAUUGGUUGGAUAGAGUGAGGCACAGUUUCUAUGUAUAUGGAGUUGUUCUG